AUGGCCGAUCCAAUCAAUCCCUAUCCGUUUCCUAGUAAUGUUCAUGUUCUAAGUUCAGUCACUAUCAAACUCACAGAUAGCAAUUAUCUGUUAUGGAAGACUCAGUUUGAGUCCCUCUUGUCGAGUCAGAAGAUGAUCGGGUUCGUGAAUGGUGGCUUAGCAGCUCCUCCGGUGACCAGUCCCCUCUACGAGUCGUGGUUCUGCACAGAUCAGCUAGUCCGUUCGUGGUUGUUUGGCACUCUGUCUGAAGAGGUUCUUGGUUCGGUCCACACUCUUACAACAUCUCGCGAGAUCUGGUUGUCUCUCGCUGAGAAUUUCAACCAAAGCUCCCUAGCUCGUGAGUUUGGACUCCGUACCAGUCUCCAAUGCCUGAAGAAGCAAGACAAAAGCUUUGCGGCUUACUGUCGUGAGUUUAAAUCUCUAUGUGAUGCGUUAAGUGCUAUUGGCAAACCUGUAGAGGAAUCGAUGAAGUUGUUUCAGUUCCUGAAUGGUCUCGGAGAUGAGUAUGAUCCAGUGGCAACGGUGGUCCAAAGCUCUCUCAGUAAGUUUCCGAGACCAACGCUCAAUGAUGUCAUCUCGGAAGUCCAGGCGUAUGAUAUGAAGUUCCAAGCUCGUGACCAAACAACAAAAGCAGUAACUCAUCAGGCCUUUCAGAUCCAGCAGUCAGGUCAAAGCUUUAACAGGGGUCGAGGUCAGUACCGUGGUCAAUACAGAGGCAGAGGCAACUACUCCACCAGGGGCAGAGGAUUUCCUCAACAUCAGAGUGGUCAGAACAACACUGGCGAGCGACCUACGUGUCAGAUCUGUGGUAGGAUUGGUCAUACAGCAAUCAAGUGCUAUAACAGAUUCGACAACAACUAUCAGGAGAAUCCGGAUCAGACAAAGGCGUUUAUUUCUCUCCAGGUUGCUGAUGGUAAAGAGUGGUAUCCAGAUUCCGGAGCUACUGCUCACAUCACGGCGAGUACUGCCAACCUACAGUCUGCCACCAAGUAUGAAGGAAACGAUACAGUAAUGGUGGCGGAUGGCACGUACUUGCCAAUCACGCAUGUUGGUUCCUCUGGCCUUGCAUCACCCAAUGGUAUGAUCCCCUUAAAUGAUGUCUUAGUAUGUCCUGCUAUUAAGAAAUCAUUAUUGUCAGUCACUAAGCUAUGUGAUGACUAUCCUUGUGGAGUAUAUUUUGAUCGAACUAAGGUGUGUAUAAUUGACUUACAAACUCAGAAGGUGGUGACAAGGGGACCUCGGCGUGAAAGUCUUUAUGUUCUUGAAGAUCCGAGCUUUCAAGUGUUCUUCUCCAAUCGUCAGUGUGCAGCCUCAGAAGCGACAUGGCAUCAUCGGUUAGGACACUCGAAUUUGAAGAUCCUCCAGAACCUGAAAAACAGCAAGGAAAUUGAAGUCAAUAAGAGCAGAACAUCCCUCAUCUGUGAGCCUUGCCAGAUGGGGAAGAGCCAUAGGCUUCCUUUUUUUAGUUCUGAGUCUCGUGUUUUACAUCCCCUAGAUAGAAUUCAAUGUGACUUGUGGGGACCGUCACCAGUUGUUUCCUCUCUGGGAUUUAAGUAUUAUGAAGUGUUUGUGGAUGAUUAUUCAAGAUAUUCGUGGUUUUAUCCUAUGAAAACAAAGUCGGAGUUUUAUUCUGUGUUUAUUGCCUUUCAAAAACUGGUGAAAAAUCAAAUGGGAAGCAAGAUAAAAGUAUUUCAGAGUGAUGGUGGAGGUGAAUUCAUAAGUAACAAGUUUAAAAGUCACCUGGGUAAUUGUGGUAUAAAACAUCUCUUGUCAUGUCCGCAUACACCUCAGCAGAAUGGCAUAGCAGAGAGGAAACACCGCCACUUCGUUGAGCUUGGCUUGUCAAUGUUGUUUCACAGUGAAGUGCCUCUGAAAUAUUGGGUAGAGGCAUUUGCUGCGGCUUCCUUCAUAGGAAACAUGCUCCCAUCCUCAGUCACAGACAACAUGAGUCCUCAUGAAUGUCUGCUACAAACAAAACCCGACUACUCUAGUCUUCGUGUCUUUGGAGCAGCGUGUUAUCCUCACCUCAGACCCUUGGCGCAUAACAAAUUUGAUCCACGAUCGUUGCAAUGUGUCUUUAUUGGCUACAGCUCUCAGUACAAAGGCUAUCGCUGCCUGUACCCACCUACAGGAAGAGUGUACAUCUCUCGUCAUGUAAUCUUUGAUGAGGAAUGCUUCCCGUUCAAGCAUCAAUACAAGUCUCUGCAACCAGAAUAUGACACAGUCCUUCUGAGAGCUUGGCAAACAGCGAAGCGAGAUCAAGACAUGGUAGCAGAAGACACAAGAGUUAUACGCAUCCUCACUCCGCCUCAACAAGCAGCGCCAGUCCCUGUACCAAAUACACCGGAGAUGGGACAUGAAAAUCAGGGUGAGGAACAAGUACUAGAAGAAAUACAAGGCAAUAAUCACACCAUGACAACAAGGGCAAAAGGAGGAAUCCACAAACCAAACAAAAGAUAUGCGCUGGUGAUACUAAAGAUGAUUCCAACCAUACCUAAAGACAUAGCAGAAGCGAUGAAUCAUCCUGGCUGGAAUCUUGCGGUGGGUGACGAGAUCAACACAAUCUACAUGCUCAACACCUUUACAUUGGUCCCCUACACAGAAGACAUGAAUGUGUUAGGAUGUAGAUGGAUUUUCACAAUCAAGAUGAAACCCGAAGGAGAACUUGAUAAGCUCAAAGCACGUCUAGUAGCAAAAGGGUAUGACAAGGAGGAAGGAAUAGAUUACCUGGAGACAUAUAGUCCAGUGGUAAGGACAGCAACGAUCAGGAUGAUUCUUGAUGUAGCUACAACAAAAGGUUGGAAGCUAAAGCAAUUAGACGUAUCCAACGCAUUCCUUCAUGGUGAAUUGAAGGAGCCAGUCUUUAUGACACAACCACCUGGCUUCGAAGAUCUCAACAAGCCAAAUUACGUCUGCAAGUUAACAAGCUCUGAAACAAGCACCCAGAGCAUGGUUUGA